AUGCUCGCGCCAAGGUCUCCAUAUGAGAUCCUCGACCAGGAGAACCUCACCCAGGCAGAGGUCGAGCACGUGCAGCGGAUGUACGACUUCAGCGUUACCGGCUCGUCCUCUAUCCUGGAACAGGGCCUACGACCUUCGACUAUAUGCUUCGUCCUCUUGUCCUCGUCAUUCGCGAAGCUAGCACGGUACAUGUCAAGAAAACAAGCUACAAGUUUUGCGGUCAUACGGGCAGCCAUGACUGACAUGGCCGUGUGCCCUAGGAUCGGGGAGAAGUUCAUUGAGUGGUCCGACUCUCGGUACCCCUUGCCUCUGGACACCGCCCUGGCGCUAGUCGGUUUCUACUGGUACACGAAGACCUACCCGAGGAGCCUGUACCUGUAUCACUACAUCGCUGAAGCGGAGGCCUCGGACGUUCUCUUCGCCGUGCCGACCUCGAGGGAGAAGUCCUUCGGGUACUCGGUGUUUCCCGCCGAGAACAUCCUCGUGCCGGAGGCGGGGGCUAAGCAGGUCUAUCCCGACUUGGCGUUUUACGAGAGGAACGAAAAGAACAUGGAACAGUUCUCAGCCAUAGCGAGGCCCCUGACCGGCCUUUGA